AUGCCUUUCCGGUCGCAUUCGACAUUACCGCUGGCUCUUCGAGGCUUGAUUUUGACCGGAUUGAAAACCGGCCCUAUUCCUGGCUCUGCACCGGCAUAUCUUGUAAGUUGGAGCUUGAGCCGGCGUGGGAUACCCCGCACAGCCUUCGAAUUCGCUCGGCUUUUGUUUGCACUCGAUCCUAUUGGCGAUCCCCACGGUGCGGCUUUCUACUUGGAUUAUCUCUCUGCCAAGGGAGGAAUGGGUCAAUGGCUCCUUGACGUUUGGAAUAUUUGGCCGGAGGUUCGUAAAGAAAUAGCGGACAACCCAUUGGCUUCGCAUGGGAUCGACAUUCACUGCAUACCUGGGUGGGCCUACACACGGUCAUUGAUAUUGUACGACCAGGAAGCCAAGAAACGUGGAGCUACGCAUGAUGUGAGCACGGCUGCGCUGAAGGAAGCCAUCCUUGCAUUCCCGGAAGUUGUCCCGUACCUGGUGGACAAAGCUGGCGUGAACCUUCCUGGCAACAUUCGUGCUCAUGAUACGCUGAGGAUAACAACGCAAUACACACAUGAUGACCCAGCAGGAUCCACUCUCCAUAUGUUAGGACAUCUAUAUGCAUUAAGAGCGAAUUCAUUAUGGAAAAACGAGCCACAUUCGGUGUGGCUUACGUCCACUGUGGCAUCAGCGGAAGCUCAACUUGGAGCCAAAAGCUCUAUGCGCGAGAACGCACUCAAUCACUUUGGUCAGGGCCCUUCUGAAGCAAUGGCGAGACAUGCGAUUGUCGCAGAUCUCCGCGCUAUUAAUGCUUACUGUCGGCCUGGGACUUUCCCUCCCAUAAUUCACGCAUAUGACCCUUUGUCACCAUCUACCUCAUUGACGUACUAUGACGAGACUUAUUUUCAAGAUGUUCCAAGGGGGCAAUCCUCAGCACGUACUGCGUCUCAUGACCGGCAGCACAUGCCUGGGGAUUUUGCAGACGAUGAUGGGGCUGGUGUUGAUUUGGAGGACAUGGACCCACAGGUAUACUUAAUCAUUUCUUGGAUCAAGCACAAGAUAAUGGGAAUGCUGUAA